AUGCCGAAACGCACAGUUAAACGCCGUCAUAACAAAUCCAAAAAUUCAUUUCAUUCUAGAAGCUCAGAUAGCUCAGGUUCACCUGAAGAUCAGUAUGUUAACUGCUUACCUCCUCCAAAAGAUUUUACAAAAGUAUCUGAUCUUCCAGACCUUGAAAAAACAUCAGACCAUAAGCUUAUUUACGUUCUCGCUCUGAGAAACGAUAUCAAAAACUUUUCCACUGUUGCUUAUUCGAUAAUUCCAAAUAAAGCUUCUAUUUGGAUUUCAAGGGAAUCGCCAACCGGUUCAAGAACAAUCGAUGAUAUUACUAAUGAUGAUGGUAAGCUUAAUCAUAUGAUGGAACUCCCACCUUUCAUUUACGAUCAAUAUCCUGUUCCCCCGAACGCGACCAUUCUUCAUUUUGUAAAUAAAGAUAGGAAGAAUAAUACGCUGAAAGUUAUGGAAACCUUACUUAUCGACGGUAACCCUGACGUGAUAAAGGUUUCGGUUACAGGUGUAAAUGGUUUUGCAAACAGCUUUGUUUUCAAGCAACCAAUAGAAGUUGUUAGAGAUAUGUCACCACCUUAUCCUCAUUUCCAAUUCAAAGGGGAACAAGUUAUCGAACAUUAUGGAAUUCUAAGACACAGAAUACAGAUGGUUCCAUCAGGAAUACAAACUACGCCUAUGCUACUCAUCUGUCAGGUCGUCAGAACAAAAAGAAUGAACGUUUUAUCAUAUUUCCCAAUAAACUGCAACGAAACGAUUUUCCUUGAAUGCUUGAACGACAAACUCGAACCAAGAAACUUGGAUUCAAUGAAGAUAGAAAAAGGAAAAAUGGUUCAUCAAAAUUCAAAAUUGAACACUUCUUUUAACCAAAAUACACUUUACCCAGGUAUGAUUCUCAUCAAAAUCAUCAGACCAAAUUCAGAAGAUGUUGUUCAAGUUAUGGAUACUUUAUAUCCAGGUCCAGAAGUUCAUGAUGUCAAGAUUCGCUUAGCUCUUCCAAAGCCAGAAGGUGGAUACAACUUACUUACGACAAUUCCAGUACCCAAUACCAGAAUCAACGAAUACAAGAAGAAUAGAAUUGAUACUAGACACAAUUACUAUGCCAGAGAAUAUGGUAAGAAGCGCCGUGAUAGCAAGCCAAUUAUUGAGUACUAUUACUACUCAGAUGAAGACGAAUCAGACGAUGAACCACCUCCAGUACUUCCUAAGCUCACAAUUUAUGUUGACGAUGACGGAAAUAUCAUUGAUACAGAUGGCCGUCCAACUAAAGAUGGAAAACUCACCGACAUUUUGUCAAAGAUGAACGAAAAAGGUAUCAAAGUCAAUUACGCCAAAGAAUAA